AUGGAGCAACCAAAACCUUGGGAAACAACGGGGAUUCCGACCAUCACCCAGACUCCGCAAGCCUUGUCAUCAUCAUCCUCGUCGCGGGCCGAAAGGUCCCUGUCUGCUUCGGAUAAGAAAUUUAAGAAGCAGAUCCAACCACGUCAACUCUUGAGCUGCACUAAAUGUCGAGAACGCAAAGUAAAAUGUGAUCGCACGAAACCAUGCUCUGCUUGUUGUGCCAGGGGUCUUCCCAAAGAGUGCCACUUUGUCCUUGGAGAAGGUGCUGAAUUCGGACCAAUUCAACAAUCUCUCGAACUUCGGAGACUGCGAGCUGAGAAUCAACGACUGAAAGAACGUCUCUUAGCUGAGAGGUCUUCGCUGUCGGAAGGCAGUGAGACUGAAGAAGGUUCUGCCAAUGUUAUCAGUAACUCCAUUGCAAGGCAGCCGAACCGCCAGCGCAGGUUUCGUGCGAGUGAGCAGAUUGACAGCAUCUACUUCGGAUCUCCAGGGUUGGCGAGUGUCAUAGCUGAUUUUGCAAGUCUUCAAGUGGAACCGAAGUCUCUGUCAUAUGCAAUGCCUCGAGCUGCCGACAUGUAUGCGGCCCAUGAUUCCAUGUAUCCUUUUCCAACACUAUGGCCUGCCAUGUCGCGUACGCAAGGCCUACUCCAAUGCCUGCCCUCGCGUGAUGAGCUCUACCACUACCUUGACGUCUUCAGCCAGAAAGCUCGAGGUUUCGCCUUCCCUUAUGUACCUGACGACUUGGCACAGAAAGAAGUCGAACGAUUUCUUGAGAACGCCGAAGAGAACGCUGAGAAGGUUCCGGACUUACUCGCACUCAUAUUUGCAGCGCUAGCAUUAGGGGUGCAACUCGACACAUUCGGAAGUCGCAAAGAAGCAGAAACAAGCACACCUCAGAACAGCAGUCGCAAGGGCGAGAUAUUCUCUGUCGCGGCCAUGCAAGCACUCCGCCUGGCAUCCUUCACCAGUCGUCCCACUCUGAAAUGUAUCAAAGUAAUGAUCAUGAUUGCCCCUUACUUGACCAACAGUGGACGUUUUCUUGAUGCUUGGUCUUUCUCCGGUCUCACGAUCCGACUCGCCCACUCUGUCGGUCUGCAUCGCAAUCCUCGCUUCCUUGAUCCAACACCUUCACUCCGUGAAUCUACAAUACGCAGGAACCUUUGGUGGUGGCUACUGCAUAUGGAUCAGGAGUACGCCAUGACACUUGGUCGGCCUUUGGGUAUCUCGGGAGUUGGAGACUGUCCGCCCCCUGACCCUCUCACAACGGAUCCGGUAGCACUAAGGUUGAGCGAAUUCUUUGACCAACUCACAAUUCAUGGGCGACAGAUAUUGAGCAGCAAUCAGCUCACAGACUCCAAGAUUGAUAUGUACACUGAUCGCCUGAUCGCUUUAUGGGACACGAUGCCAGAACCGUUACAGUUCAACAAAUCCUGGAUCGAUGAGCAAACAGCCAUCCCUGAGUGGCCGAUGGAGACAAGGGCGGCGAUAUCUUAUUGCAACAUUCAUAAUUACAUCAUCUUGCUCAAUCGCCAGCGCAUUGAGAACAACCGAAAGAGUCCAGACUAUCGAUCACGUUCACCGGGCUUCCCUCAAUUCGGUAGCGUCCCUGAAUACUCUCUUCCUCCGAAAUCACACACACCCUCACCAUCUCCUAUGGUACCGCGAGGUAGACCGCUAGUGAUAGAGUCUUGUCUGGCAUUACUGGACGCGUUCCAAUUCUUCCACAACCGCGUUCCGUCUGCGCUCGUCGAUUGGAAAAUUGGCCAACAAGCCUUUAAUGCCUGCAUGAUCCUAUUGCUUGAUGGCAUUGACCGCGAGAGUAUUGAGCACAUUGGAAGAGUAGAAAAGGCAUACAUGGUCUUUGUUACAAUGGACAAGGCAGGAAUGCACCAGCUGACAGGACUGGCCAUGUCUCGGAUCACGGACGGUCUUACGUGUCUCAAACAACAAUCCGAGACACGCAAACGAUCCAUGAAUGCGGAAGGCAUAUCACCAAUGAAUGUACAGCACAGCCGUGAGGGUGUACCUCACAACCCUUUCGACUGGGAUAUGGGUCAACGGCUGCGUGACCAUGAUUUCUUGCAUGAGCCUGUCAUGGGAGCCACUGGUAUGUUCCUGCUCGAAGACCAUGGCCUCCAGACCAACACCGCUCAAUCUACAGCCGAAGCUUCUCCUGGCCAUGUUCAUACGCCUGGAGUUGCGGCCGUUCCCUCUUCAGAACAACCAAGCUUCAAGACCGGGCUGGUGCCUCACUCAACACUGAUUGACCCUCGGCGAGACUCUGCUCAUCCUCUGGGAUAUGUCGCCGCUAACCAUCCCGCUCCCCCAAUGCCGGCGGUACCUGCUCACUACCAUCAACUCACCAAUCAGCACCUUGCUGAAAUGCAGCCAAUGCCAGCCUUCACUCAUGCUGAGGGUUGGCAACCCAAUAUUCAACAUCCAUCACAACCCCAUCACGGACUCUACACACCACCGUUAGCACGAGGAGGGGGAGCAGCUCAUCGAGGAUCUCUGCACCCACGAAGCCAUUGA